AUGCCAGUAUCGUAUCAACCCGAGCAAAAGCUCAUAGACAGUCUUCAGGCAUACGACUUCUCGAAAAGACUCACCAGCUACAGAUGCAAGACUUGCGGAUCGAAGAUGCUCUGUCGUUGCUGGGUCGAUGCCGAAAACCACAAUAAAGACGCUACCUGGGAUGUCAUGUGCGGUACGCUGGAAAAGGCCGACGGUGUGUACGAGUACCUGGCCCACGAGCAGAUCGAGGAUACGCUUGACGGAGGCUUUGCGAACUUUCUGCCUUCUAUUCAUGGCAAAGACUUACCUCGCUGGCCACAGACGCCGGACAAAAACGUGUUGGAGCCUCGUGCAGACCAAGUACUUCCGCUUGACUGGAAAGCAACAGACCGUCCAAACGUCCAGCCAUCUCCGACAGACCGACUGCAUUGCCACUGCAAAUGCAACGGCGUCGAGUUCUGGAUCGCUCGUCCUUCUGAGAAGUCCAAGAAUGCUGCAAAUCAUCUGAACAAGUCCGGACCAGAUGCAGCUUGGUGGCUCAUGGACGACGGGAAGAAAUUCCUCGCCGGCGUCUGCGCUUGCGACAGCUGCAGGCUUGACUCUGGGCAGGAGUGGUUGGAGUGGGCUUUCGUACCGACCGUGGACAUCUCGCUAGACGCAGAGGGUGAGAAGCCUUGGAAUCUGCCUUUCGGGAGUUUGAAGGGCUGGGGUACGCUGAAGGGCUACAUGUCCACCAAGGCCGAGGAGCAGUCGGGGAGUGUGGUGAGAUAUCACUGCGGUACAUGCGGUGCUUCGGUCUUCUUCACGAGCGACGCGAGGACUGACCAUAUCGAUGUUGCUGUCGGGCUCAUGGAUGCACCUGAAGGAGCUCGCGCGGAGUCAUGGCUGGAGUUUUGGACCCAUCGACUGAGCUAUGGCGAAGACUCCAUCAGACGAAAUGAAAGCGUCACUCACGCGCUUGAAACUGGAUUGAAGGAGUUCGGCCAAAGGCAUGGCCUGGCAGCGAAGCAGGCUGAGCUCGAAAAAUCUUUACUACAUCAAAAGUAA